AUGCAAGCCUCGGAUGUAUCGAGCAUCUCGAAUAACUCGCGUCUAAUUUCGGGCUCUAAAUACGUGCUGAACGGUGACACUGGCUUUUCCCACGGAGCUUACAACAACAACCACCCCAACCCUAUUCAAGGAUUCUCGGAUCGAAACGCUCGCCGCGCCAAUAUACCCGCUAUAAAUACUGCCGCAGGCCACCACUCCGAUAUGGCGUCCGGAUUCGAUAUGAACUACACCCCCCUACUUCCCUCCCAGCUGCUGGUAGGAAGUCCCUUCCAACCAGGGACUCCUUCCGCUUUUGCUUCGCCCCAAUUUGCCAAUUUCGGUGGCUUCCCACAGGCCAAUGGCAAUGGACAUGUCCAGAACAACCAGAAUCAUCUCCACAGCCCGACUCAAGGGAUGCAAAGCCACAGUUUGUAUGGAAUGAUGUCGCCAGAUGGCAUGGGGCCCUCCCAAAUGAUGGGAGGUCCUCAGUCACCAAUUAAUGGCCUCGGAGGAAUGGGAAACGCAGCCUUGGGCAGCCCCCAAGCUUCCGUGGCCCCAGGCAUGCUCUCAGGGACCAGUCGCACCGUGUAUCUUGGAAACAUUCCGGCCGAAACAUCCGCCGAGGAGAUCCUCAACCACGUGCGCAGCGGCCAGAUUGAGUCGGUGCGCCUGCUACCUGAUAAGAACUGUGCAUUCAUUUCAUUUUUGGAUAGCAGCUCCGCCACUCAUUUCCACUCAGAUGCCAUCUUGAAGAAGCUAGCGAUCAAGGGAAAUGAUAUCAAGGUCGGCUGGGGUAAGCCCUCACAGGUCCCUACUUCAGUCGCUCUGGCGGUUCAACAGUCGGGUGCGUCGCGUAACGUGUACCUUGGGAAUUUGCCCGAGGAAACCGCCGAGGAUGAUCUGCGGGAGGAGCUGGGCAAAUUUGGGCCCGUCGAUACUGUCAAGAUUGUCAAGGAGAAGGCCAUUGGAUUCGUUCACUUCCUGUCGAUCAGUAAUGCCAUGAAGGCUGUCACCCAGCUCCCCCAGGAGCAGCAAUGGCAGGCGCCAAAGCGGGUAUUCUAUGGCAAGGACCGUUGUGCGUAUGUUUCCAAGACUCAGCAGCAGAAUGCUGCACAAUUCCUUGGAAUCGCGCCUGGAUAUGCGCAUGUGCUCAACACGGCGGAUCGCGAUCUCAUCUCCAACGCGCUCGCGCAGCAGUCCGUUGCUGCGGCCGCCGUGGCAACAACAGCGGGCGGUGUCAACAAUCUCGGCAACCGUACCAUCUAUCUUGGAAACAUUCACCCCGAAACUACCAUUGAAGAGAUUUGCAAUGUCGUUCGUGGAGGCUUGCUGCACCAUGUCCGAUACAUUCCUGAUAAGCACAUUUGCUUCGUUACGUUCAUCGAUCCUACCUCCGCCGCCUCCUUCUAUGCCUUGAGCAAUCUACAGGGCCUGAUGAUCCAUAAUCGACGCCUCAAGAUUGGAUGGGGCAAGCACUCUGGUCCUCUCCCACCCGCCAUUGCCCUGGCGGUCAGUGGUGGUGCAUCCCGUAACGUCUAUAUCGGUAACUUGGAUGAAGCCUGGACGGAGGAGCGCCUUCGCCAGGACUUCUCGGAGUACGGUGAGAUCGAGUUGGUGAACACCUUGCGCGAGAAGAGCUGUGCCUUUGUCAACUUCACCAAUAUUGCCAAUGCCAUCAAGGCUAUUGAGGGCAUGCGCAACCGCGAGGACUAUCGGCGAUUCAAGAUCAACUUUGGCAAGGAUCGCUGCGGAAACCCGCCGCGUCAAGCCGGGAACAAUCCUAACGGCCAGCAGCGUAACGGAAACGGCAUCGACGGCCCUCAGUCACCACCUGCCCUCAAUGGGUUCCAAAGUCUCAGCCAGUCCGGCUCUUCCUCCAGCCCGACUCGCCCUGCUCUUUCCCCCGCACCGGGAUCUACCGGUUCUCAGAACGGACAACUCCGUCACCCAUUGCAGAACGUGUCCUGCCCCUCUGGCGUCCUAAAUGUCGGCUCAAAUAACCCAUUGACCAUGUACCUGAACCAGAUGUCUGCUCAUCAGGCACAGGAACAGGAGAACCAUCUUAGCGAUUCCAUGGCGCUCACCGCUUUGCACGCUCAGUCCCAGGCACCACAACAGUCGCUGUACAGUGUCAGCAACGGUGACAUGUCGAACGGCAGCAUGGACCCGCCUAUGCACCAGCACAAGUCCUCGACCAACAGUUACCUGAGUGUGGCGAACGGCACUGGGCACGGCCACCACGCCAGCACCAGCAGUCUCAGCGUGCCCCGGGCUUCGCACUCGCGUGCUGUCAGCUUGCCCUCCUUUUCCCAGGAGCCUUUUGGGCCUGUCUCUAGUCACACUGGUCACAGCCGGGUAGGUGCGCACCAGCCUCAGAGCAGUUUCUCCAGUUUCUCUGCCCUUGGCGGACUGAACCACUCAGGAUUCGGCCUGGCGAUUCAAAAUGAAAACUCGCUGCCUGGCUGGGCUGAAGAGGAGAUCGGAGCCAAAUAA